GGGCCGCUGGACCAGGGGCGCGAGAGCGGGCGCACGCGCAGAAGCGUUCGCCUCGUGCAAGCCCCUCUACCCCGCCGAACUUCCUUCGGGUGUAGCGGGUUGUAUCGCGUGAGGGCCGCAGCCAAUGAGGAGGCGGAAGUGACGGCCUGCUCGCCGCUACCGGCAUCCUCUGUGAGGGUGAGGCCGGAGUGGACUUCUCUUCUGGAGCGGCUGGUCCCUCGCUUCUCAGGUACCGCCGAGAACUCAGGUGGGACAGAGAUUUUCUCCCCAGCACUAAGGCUGAACUGCACCAUUUAGAAUGGAAGCUAAUGCAUCUGUUGACAUGUUUUCAAAAGUCCUGGAGAAUCAAUUGCUUCAGACUACCAAACUAGUGGAAGAACAUUUGGAUACUGAAAUUCAGAAACUGGAUCAGAUGGACGAGGAUGAAUUGGAACACCUCAAAGAAAGGAGACUUGAGGCACUCAGGAAAGCUCAACAACAGAAACAAGAAUGGCUUUCAAAAGGGCAUGGGGAAUACAGAGAAAUUCCUAGUGAGAGAGACUUUUUUCAAGAAGUGAAGGAGAGUAAAAAAGUGGUUUGCCAUUUCUACAGAGACUCCACAUUCAGGUGUAAAAUUCUAGACAGACACUUGGUGAUACUGUCCAAGAAACAUCUUGAGACCAAAUUUUUGAAGCUGAAUGUGGAAAAAGCACCUUUCCUUUGUGAGAGACUGCGUAUCAAAGUCAUUCCCACACUAGCACUGGUAAAAGAUGGAAAAACACAAGAUUAUGUUGUUGGAUUUAGUGACCUAGGAAAUACAGAUGACUUCACCACAGAAACUUUAGAAUGGAGGCUUGGUUGUUCUGAUAUUCUUAAUUACAGUGGAAAUUUAAUGGAGCCACCAUUUCAGAGCCAGAAGAAAUUUGGAACAAACUUCACAAAGCUGGAAAAGAAAACUAUCCGAGGAAAGAAAUACGAUUCAGAUUCUGAUGAUGAUUAGAGAUCAGUUAUUAUUCUCUGUAAAUUGUCUUUUUAUUUCUGGCUACUUCAGAAUUAAAUGUGUUGUCUGAAUUCUGUUGAUUUUGAUACAUUAGUCAUUUAAUGGUCAUAUUCUAGAGUUUUGUACAGUUGCCUCACAUUGGAAAACAUCUUUAAUUUUUUCUGUGUGGAGCUAAUGUUUAAGUUGAGGAAAACUUGUAAGUUGUUAAAUUAUAUGGAAAGGGUGUGUAUUCUUCAUUUUUGAGACUGAUUUUAUCACAGUAUGAGCCUUACAUAUUUAUACCAUUCACAGUUGUGUUUUUUUUAAUCUACUGGAUUGGAAAUAGAAACUCAGUGAACUAUUCCAGGACUAAUUCUUAUGCAGCAUUACUUACUUUAUACAACAGGUCAAGUAACAUUUACUGGUGUAAAAGACUGCACUUGUAAUGAAUUACACUCUUUACUUCUGGAAUAUAUUUAAGUAACUAUUAAAGGAUUGCUUGUUUAUUCUGUA